AUUAUAGAUCUCUAGAAUCUAGAUUUUGGAAUACGGAAGUACAUGUAUGGAUCUAGAUCUAGAUCUAGAUCUAGAUCUACAUAAGUAUUCUUGAAAUUCACUGAUGAAAGAUAUAGGUUCUAUAACUCUUGGCAAACUCUUUUUAAGGAAUAUUUUCUGUGGUUUUCCUUCAUGUUUAUCCUCGCCUUUAGAAUUAGACCAAACAAUAAUUGUAGACCCAGCCGAGUGUACUCUGUCUCUUUUCCACGUCUGUGUAAUCUAAAGGAAGCUACUCCAGUUAAAAAGAGUGGGGUUAUUCCAGGUCAAGGAUCAAAGGUUCAACACUGAAUCCAGAAUCAGUGAAUUCACAAGAUCACCACCUACACUUAUUACUUGGGCGAGGUUGUGCACUCUAUUUUUUAGUCUGAGAGCAAUUUAUUGACAACCAACUCAAAGAAUUUGGAUCCAGUAUCCAGCCCACACGAAGCCAUGAAAGUCCUUGGAGUAGAGUUUGCUCCUCUGUCUAUCCCCACAGAGCGGAGGCUUCAGACUGUUGGUGCUUUACAUUAUACUUUUUGUUUUCUCUUUUUUGGAUUUGGCAUGCUGUUCUUUUUUAUUUACCUUUUUUUAUUCACUUCUUAUUACUUUGUGCCUUUGGCAUACCUGCUGUGGUACUAUUAUGAUCAGUCAGUGAGUGAGCAAGGAGGUCGACGGUCAAACUGGGUGCGAAGCUGGUCUUUGUUCCGUUACUCGGCUAAGUAUUUUCCUUUGGAAUUAAUCAAGACACAAGAGCUCCAUCCCUCCAAGAACUACAUCUUUGCUUGCCACCCCCAUGGUGUGAUGAGCCAAAGUCAUUUUGUCAAUUUUGCUACUGAGGGAACAGGAUUCAGUAAUGUCUUUCCUGGCAUCAGACCCUACCUGUGUGUCUUAUCUGGACAGUUCAUGUUCCCAGUUUUCAGGGACUACUUCCUGCUUUCAGGGGCCGUUGAAGUUUCUCGGAAAAGCAUCGAAUGGGUUCUCUCUAAAGAAGGGUGUGGCAAUGCUGUAGCUAUCAUGAUCGGAGGAGCGGUUGAAGCCCUAGAGGCUCAUCCUGGAAGCUGCACACUGAAGAUCAAGUCAAGGAAAGGAUUUUGUCGCAUGGCCUUACAACACGGUGCAUCCAUUGUUCCAGUGUAUGCUUUUGGAGAAAAUGAUCUGUAUGAUCAAGUGCCGAAUCCCCAAGGAUCUAGAGUGAGACGGUUUCAGAAUUUCUUGACCCAUAUGUUGGGAUUUUCUCCUGCACUGUUUCAUGGUCGAGGGGUCUUCAACUACACGUUUGGUUUGUUGCCCUAUAGAAAACCAGUGCACACUGUAGUUGGAGCUCCGAUGGAUGUGCCUCGCGUGGAAGAACCGAGCCAGGAACAGGUGAACCAGCUCCAUGAUGACUACUGUAAAGCCCUUGUUGAUUUGUUUGAGUCUCACAAGCUCAAGUAUGGAGUCUCUGAGGAGCAGCACUUGGAACUGGAGUGAACGCAUUUGUCUUCAAAUUUGUCUGAACUCUUUGGCUACAAACUUUUCAGCUUAGUAACUAGUCCCCAUGUGGUUUCUUCCACUGAAUUUUUUUUAAACAUUCAAUGUUAGAUUUUUUCCCCUUAAAUUUAGUUAAAGUGUAAAUGGAACAAAUGGACCUAGCAUUACAAUUGUUGAAGUCUUGAGUUGCAGUCAUUGCUGCAAUAGUGACAGCUGACUGGGACAACCAGGAUAAGAAUCUUGCUUGGGGUUUGUUGGCAGUGUUAAUAAUAAUAAUAAUAAUAAUAAUAAUAAAUUACACUUUUAUUUGUCCCAGAAGGGCACUUUGUUUUAC